GGUCCCCUGGGCUCUGCGUGCUCCAACGCCCUUUGCGGAGGUGGGCUGAAGCAGCCGGAGUCCAGGGGCACUCAGUCCGCCAGGGCGCUUAGGGGGUGGGGUGCACUGCGGGCCUGGAGGGGGACGGGACAAACAGGACUCCGGGACCCCGAGCUUGGGAAAACUGAGGGCUCUGCCCAUUGCGUCCAGCGUCCGGAAAGACGGGGGAUAUGGCCCGGGGCGCUUGCUAGAGGUCGAAGGGAAGGUUGGGCCCGAAGGAGAUGGAAUGAGCUCCUUCCGUCGUCCGCAGGCCCGAGGUGACCCUCACUCGAGGCGGAACCGGGUGCGCCGACUUGUGGCGGGGCAGCUUGGGAGUAGGGCCUCUUCCUGCUCCCGCGUAGUGACUGUUCUCGGCCGGCCCUGACACCUGCUCAGAACGGCCUCCUCGUGUCCUGCGGGUCUUGGUCCCGCCCAGGAACCCGAUCCGAGGCUUGGAGGCCUGUCCCUCGGGAGGGUGGCUGUUUCUUUCCACGACGCGCUCUGUUCAGAGAUUCUUUGGGCUGUCAGGUCGGAAACUUGGCCACUUCAGAACUCUCCACCACCUCCCUUUUUAUGAGAUUGAAAGGAGGUUCCAGGUACGAAUGGAAAUGAAACAAAUCAAGAACAACUUUCUUUGUAUGGAAGCCAUAAAACUUAUAAAACAUCUUGGAGGACAGUUAAGCUACCAGGGAACUGAGGCUAACGUUAGUGGACGCGGGGUAAUGUCCUCAGCACUGUCCCAGACAAUCUGCAUUUCUGCCGAGAGAAGAGACUAAAUUUUGCGUCCUCCCAGGUCCACCCUCACCGACCCAUCCCCACCUCUGCGGUGACCUUGGGCCCUCCCUGGACUUGAAUGCAGGGGGCUAUGUAGCUCUCACUUGCUGCAGGGGCCUCUAUGCCCUGCAAGGUGUAUGCCCAGCUUAAAGGAGGCAGCAAAUCUUGGGUCCUGCAUGGACCCUGACCAGUGCAGGGGGAAGAGGAGAAAGUCUUCAUAGACCUCCACAGAGUUGUUCUUUGUUCAUCUCCUGAAGACUUGGAAUACCCCCACCUCCCUGAACACCUGACUUCUUGUCUUACUGGCGGUCCUACCAGGAAUGUGGCUCCUGGUGGUUGACAAAGCAAGUCAUGCAACACAGGGCUGAGGCCACCAGACAGGACUGUUGCCCAUCUCCCAUCCGACUAUACAUUGGAUGAUAGCAUAGACCUUUCCGUCUUACUCCCUGUAGCACUCCCUGAUGGGGAUGCAAAUGAGAAACAAGCAAACACGUCUAUAAUUGCAAAAUGUGUCUUUCCCUCUCUCAGUCCAUAUACCUACAUAGAGUGAGUCCUCUCUUCAGAAGCUGAACAGCCAUGACCAGCGCUGAGGAGAAAACUUACAAGUUUAUCUGCCGCAAUCAUAGUAGUUUUUGCCGUGUUGAUGUUCUGGAGAUUCUCCCUUACCUGCCCUGCCUGACACCCAGUGACCAGGAUCGAUUGCGCGCCUCCUACUCGCGCCUGGGGAACAGGGACACACUAUGGGACCUCUUCAACACCCUCCAGCGGCGGACAGGCUGGGUGGAGUCUCUCAUUGGGGCCCUGAGGACCUGUGAGCUGAGUGGGCUUGCUGAUCAAGUGAAUCGUGUAUACCAGAGCUCCCAGCCUUCUGGGACUCCACCCCGGGUCCCAGGCCCAGUGGACACACCGGAAGUUCCUGCUGAGGUUCCAGCAGCCCGUAACUCUGGUGCAACCCACAGCAUCCCCCACAAUGGCUACCAAGAGGAGCUAAGUUACCCCCAGCCUGUCCAGGACACCCAGACACCAAAGUCCCCCAGGGAGAGUUCAGAGGCGGUCCCACAGACACCCAGUUUGGGGGCCAUCCAGAGGAGGCCCAGUGGAUCCUCGGAGCUCUCCUCCAACCUGCUAGCCCUCAGUCCGACCCCCAGCGGACAUCAGGAGCAGAACCCAGAACCGGGCAGCACCCAUGGGGCAGGCCCAGUCUCCAGCCCCACAUCACCAAGAGGACCUGUGUCUCCAACUGUCUCCUUCCAGCCCCUGGCCCGUUCCACCCCCAGGGCGAGCCGCUUGCCUGGACCCUCAGGGGCAGUGGCAGCUGUGUCUGUUAGCCCCUCCUUUUCCUCUUCUCCCUCUUCCACUAGCUUGCCUUCUGCAGGCAGUGCUGGUAACCAGGCCAAGGCCUCCAUCUAUCCCAGGGUGGUACCCACAGAGGUACCUGCCAACUCUGUUACAGCCAGCUCAGUGCCUUCUGCCACCACUCUGAAGCCUGUGGACACUGUGACCUCCAGAGUGCCUGCCAGCCCAGUACCUGCUAAUGUGCUCACCAAUCCAGCACCAUCCAAACACGCUGGCCUAAGGUCAUCCAAAGUGCCCACUAGCAUAGUGUCCACCAAGGCACCAACCAGCACAGUGCCAUCCAUUGGGAGCAGCGGCAGAGCCAAGGAGAUGGCAGAGGCUCCAGUACCCACAGCUACAAUUGGAGGCAGCUCACCCUGGCCAGUCAGCAGCUCUGGGAACCUACACUCUGCACCAGAAAUGAGCAAGCCCGGGGAGCUAAAAUCCCGGGAGUACAGCCAACCAUACUCCGGCUGUUCUGCAGACCUCGCCAUCAGCCCCAGUAGCUCCCUGGCCUCAGAGCCUACCCAUGGCCCAGAGGAGAAUGAGUAUGUGUGUUUUGGGAUCCAUGUGGCUGAGGACCCCAGUGCCAACCUCAUGGCUGGCAACCCUGAGCCACACAUUGUCUUGCAAGAGCAGGAAGAGGAGGAAGAGACCAGUGCUGGAUGGUCAGUGCCCUGGACUUCCUGGCUUGGAGCAGCUGUGGCAAGUGCACUCCUAGGUGUGCUCCUGGCAGUGCUGUACCGGCGGCGCCCACUCCAGUGAAGGCUUGGCUUUCUGCACCAUGUACCUGUGCCGUACCAUGCACUCAUUUCACAGUCUACUUUCUCCAGGCUGGGAGGGGCUGGGUCAGAAGGGAGCUCAGGGACUGCAGGCUGGAGGGGGGCUGUGGUCUGGCUUCACCCCACCCUGGGUGCAACCUUUCCAUCUUAGUUCAUGCUCUCUGCUUGUCGCUGAAGCUCUGGGAAGUUCCCAGAGCUUGGGACCUCACCCACCUGGCAGUGAGGGUUGUCACCUGAUGUGCCCCUGAGUUUUCCCUGACCAGGCCUCAUCCCUUUUUGCCUACGCCUGCAGAUCAGGAGGUGCCACUAGAGAGCACUUUGAGUUGUAGUUCCUCUUGUGCCUAGGCCCCAGAGGCUCAGUUGCAAAUGUGCUGACUGAGAACCCUGUAAGACCUUGCUCCCAUCUACAGCAGUCCAGGCUGAGGCUGUGGCACUGGACCUGGGGAGCAGCUGGGUGGCAGGUGCUUCAGGUUCCCUGCACCUCUCCACUGCCAGGCAACCCUGGAGGGAGGUCUUGAGGUUCAUGUGGACCUUGAACUCAGAGGCAACUGCCAGACCCACAGAAGACAUCUGGAGCCCCUCCCCAGCCUCCCCUCCCCUUUCCUGGUCACUGUUCUCUUUGGCUUCCUGUAUGGGUUUAGAGUAGGAACACUGAGUGGGCAGAGCUCAGGCCAAGUUUAAACUUCAGGUCCAACCUUUCUGGGCUGUGUGGCCCUGAGAGAUGCUAAGACUCUAGUCUUGUUUCCCUAUGUGGACAGAGUCUCUACUCUUCCUUCACGAGGCUCUUCUGAGAUUGAAGUUGCAGGUAAUUGGCCAGGACCUGGCUCAGGGGUGUGACCGCUGAGCAUCCUCUCACUUCCCUCUGUCCUUGCCUGGGUUUGAGAAGCAGAAUGCACUGAGAUAAGAGUACACUCUGCGGCGACACAGCUCAGCCUGCAUCCUGCAUUCUGCUGUGCCUCUUGCUAGCUCUGUGGUCUCUGGCAAGGUAUUAACCACUGUGUGCCUCACUUUUCUCAUCUGUUAAAUGGGGGAGAGUAUCUCCUGGUGUUGUCACGAGGAUUAAAUGAAUUUAUCUAUGUAAGUCUUAGAAUGAGUCUUGGCAUUAACUGAGGGUUGGAUGCAUGUUGCUAUCAGUAUUAAAUGCUGAAGACUAGAGCCCUCAGCUAGAGGUAAACCCAGACCCCACAGCCUCUCCUACCUUCUAUUUGCCCCUCACUUCACCUUGUGCUCUGGGGAGCUGUGGGAGGUUGGCAUGACCUCUUGAGCAGCAGAGAAGAAUGGGGAUGAGGGUGUCCCCCUACCUCCAUACGUGGGAUGACCGGCCACAUUUACAUCAGAAACACACUGGGCAACUAGGGAUGUCCUCGUGGCUUCUUCUUAGGUAGCCUUUGCUGGACAAGUGGUAGGCAUAGGAGCGCUCUCUACUUCUGGGCUCUGAAAGCAAUAAGAGCAACAGCCCUCGGUGACAUCAGGAGUGGGCUCCGGGCAGCUUCUCCCUGCACUGCCCUAAGGGACUUCACUGACCUAAAGACCUCUACUUAGGAACCUCAACCCACAUUGCAAACCCAACAGUGGUACUGUGAGUCCAGGAGAAGUCUGUCCUCAUGCUGUCUGCACCACUACCCAUUGUCUUUGCUCUUAUCCCCUGAGCUUCCUGUCCUGUCCCAGGUACAGUGCCAGCCAGGUCAGUGAGCAAUUCACUAGGGUGUUUGUUUUACUGUACUAUCCCCUGAGGUAGAUACAUUUUGAAAAACAUAUAUACCUCAAGAAGGUAAUAAGCAGCCCCAAGGAGUGUUUCCAAAAUGGUGGGGUUUCUACCUUGGUGAGUAACCCUUGGAAGCAGUGGUUGGGUACAGAGAGGGCUGAGGGCCCUCCCAGCAUUUUCACAUAAUGGCACCAAGAAGUCCUGACUGGCCUGCAUUUAGCAGUAGCCCCAUCUCCGUUGUUACCAAAUGGAAGCCUCUCAAAUGUCACCUUAAAGCAGGGGUGGGCAUUGGCCGGCGUCGGGUCUCGGGAGAUCUGUGUUUAGAUGUGGAUUUCCCCCAGUGACCCGGGGGAAGGCUGGCAUAGGAGGGAGUCAGGCAAGGAAUAUAUAGGUCUAGGUCCCUGAAGUCCCUUAGGGCAGUGCAGGGAAAACCUGCCCGGAGCCCACUCCUGACCUCACAGCCAUGGCCUGGAUGGGCUGGAGGCCAGAACUCAAGGAAGGGUCGGGGGGACCCUCUACCCACAGUGGGUCCUGGCCACACAUACCUGGGGGCUGGAGUAAGCAUGCUGAAGCUUGUGAUGGGUGGGAGGGAGCAGUGCCCUUCUAAGCCAGUCCUUUUUUCUCUGGCUGAAGCAUUUCCCUCAAGGAAAGCUGACUGCUUCUGCUGCACUAGGAAGCACCUGUGGACUCUGCUUUGAGCAACUGAAGCCAGAGCACCCUACUCUCAUCUCACUUCCCUUAGUGGUUCUUGGAUUUGGGGAGCUUUUUAGUCAAAGAUGAGGAGACACCCUCUACUCUUCCAGGCCUCAAGUCAUUUAAUAACUUUCUUUAAGAAACAAUUACACACAGCUUUCAAAUACACACAAAAGUAGACUAAGAACAGUCGUGUGCCCAUCACCUAGCUUCAGU